AUGGGUGAAAAAGGAGCAUCUCAGAAGCAAGAGCAGGGAUCUCUGUUGGAAAGAGAAUCAGGAAUAGAAAAAGCUACUGGUGACAACAAUUCUCCCUUUCUUUCUUCAGAUGGUAAAAUAGCUGAAAGCAAACCAGAAAGACAGAGAAGAGAAGCAGUAGGUAACGCUUUGUUAAAUAGUUCAUCCUUUGGUGAUUCAAACAGAAGACUCUUUAACGGUGGAUUUAGUGUUCCAAGAGAACACCAAGAGACAGAUACCUUAGAGUUAGAAGACAUCCCACCAGGUCCUGUUAGAGAAGAGAUGAUUGCUUGGGAAGCAAGCACGUUUUUCCAUUUGGGAUACUCUGGUAGUACCAGUACAAGAAUUAGGGGUAAUAUUGUGGGAGACUCAUCUAGAAAUUCAGGACUUGGUUUUGAAACAUCUGGUGUAGAGCAGUUUGGAAGCAGUGGAUCUAGAGAAAGUGGUGUGAGCAGCAGUGAAUCUGAUGCCAGAGGCUCAGUGGACAAUAGCUUGUCCUUUGGUUUCGGAUAUGGAGAAAGAAAGAUGAAGCUAUAUUUGGCUCUAGUGAGUCUAUUUCAAAUCAAAUUGGUGACAGUGGGCUUAAUGAAAGUGGAAUCAGAGGUAGGUAGUACCAGUACAAGGACUAGGGGUAAUACUAUGGGAGACUCAUCUGGAAAUUCAGGACUUGGUUUUCAAACAUCUGGUGUAGAGCGGUUUGGAAGCAGUAGAUCUAGAGAAAGUGGUGUGAGCAGCAGUGGAUCUUAUGCCAAAGGCUCAGUGGAAAACCGCUGGUCUUCUGGUUUUGGAUCUGGAAAACGAAAGGGUGAAGCUAACUUUGUUUCUGGAGAUUUAGGUUCAAAGCAAAUUGGUGAUAAUGGAUUUAGUGAAAAUGAAAUAAAAGUGGGCAAGAGCUGGUCUUUUGGUACUGGAUCAGGAGAAAGAAGGGGUGAAGCAAAUCUUGUUUCUCACGAUUCCAAUUCAAACGAAAUUGGUGACAAUGGACUUAAUGAAAGUGGAAUCAAAGGUGGUACCAGUACAAGAACUAGGGGUAAUAUUGUGGGAGACUCAUCUGGAAAUUCAGGACUUGGUUUUGAAACAUCUGGUGUAGAGCGGUUUGGAAGCAGUGGAUCUGGAGAAAUUGGUGUGAGCAGCAGUGGAUCUUAUGCCAGAGGUUCAGUGGGAAACCGCUGGUCUUCUGGUUUUAGAACUGGAGAAAGUCAGGGUGACACUAGCUUUAUUUCUGGAGAUUUUGGUUUAAACCGAAUUGGUGAUGAUGGAUUUAGCAAAAAUGAAUUACAAGUGGGAAACCACUGGUCAUCUGGUUUGGGAUAUGGAGAAAGAAAGGGUGAAGCUAAAUUUGCUUCUGGAGAUUUGAGUUCUAACCAAGUUGGUGACAUUGGAUUUAGCAAAAAUGAAAUAAAAGGUGGCUCAAGUGAAAGAAAUGAGGCGGUGUAUUCUGGCAGAGUCUCUGAAGAUUCAGGAUUCAAUUUGGGGUCAUCUGACCAACAGGGAUUUGGAGUCAGUGAAAUUGGUGGAAAUAGGGAGAGUAGCAGUGAAUCUGCUGGGUCUGGAUCCAUGAGUGCUGGAUCUGAUGUCAGUGGCUCAGGAGGAAACAUUUGGUCUUCUGGUUCUGGAAGUGGUGGCAGAAGGAAGGGUACAGAUGGACUUGAUAUUGGUGCACCUGGACUAAACAAAAUUGAUGAAAUUGGCCUUAGUGGUACAGAAAAAAAAUCCCAUAUUCCAGAAGCAACUCCAAUGUACUCUGAGACAAAUGCAAUUGUUGGUGAAACAUCUACUUGGGGCAAAGGAACUUACAAAGCAUUCAAUGGCCACAUCUUUUCCUUUGAGUCUUCAUGUGCAUACACUUUCUGCCGUCACUGCAUUGAAUCUGGAGGAGAUUUCAAUAUUGAGGUCAAACGAAACAAUGAGAAUGUGAUUGAAAACAUAGCAGUUUUAAUUGACAAUAAUUACAUCUCUAUUUCUGGUGAUACCAUUUUGGUUAAUGGAGAAAGUGUACAGAUACCAUAUAAUAAUAAGCUGAUUCACAUUAAAAAAUAUGGAGAACAUAAUAUCUUGAAUAGCCGUAGAGGAAUCCUCUCUUUAAUGUGGGGCAAACAUAACACUCUCUCGCACUGCAACAGAAUUAUUGAAACCUACUUUGAGAAAUGUGGAAAAGUUUCCUCUUUAGCCAAUAACUACAAAAUGAUUUGUGCUGAUGAAUACUGCCAACACAGAGACAAAAAAUCUACAUGUGACACUUUCUCAGAAUUGUCCCGCCUCUGUGCUGCAGAUGGUCCUGGAGUCUAUGAAUCCUGGAGAGAUGAUUCUGAUGUGGUUUGCAAAAAGCCUGUCUGUCCGAAAAAACACAUCUACAAAGAAUGUGGACUCUCAAAUCCUGCAACUUGCUCUAAUGUGGCUCCUUUCCAAGACAGUGAAUGUGUGAGUGGCUGCACCUGCCCUGAAGGCUAUCUAUUGGAUGACAUUGGAGACAAAGGAAAAUGUGUAUUAAAGGCUCACUGUCCCUGUGAAUCUAAUGGAAAAGUGUUUCAGUCAGGAGCAGUCCGAGAAGGUCCUUGUGGUUCUCGAUGUACAUGCCAAGAAGCAAAGUGGUCUUGCACUGAAGCAUUAUGUCCUGGGAGAUGUAAAGUGGAAGGAAGCUCACUGACCACUUUUGAUGGUGUUAAAUUCAACCAUCCUGGAAACUGUCACUUCUUGGCCAUACAUGAUAAGGAUUGGUCUAUUAGUAUUGAACUUCGUCCAUGUCCAAGUGGUCACACAGGAACAUGUUUAAAUAGUGUUACACUUCAUAUGAAUUCUUCUGUUACAGUGGACAAAUAUAUAUUCAAUAGAGAUGGCACAGUCACAAAUGACAAGAUAAGAAAUCAAAGUUAUUACUAUUCAGAUCAAGUACAGAUCUUCAAAGCAUCUUCCUCAUACAUUCAAGUGGAGACAUCCUUUAAGGCAAAAAUGCAAAUACAAAUUUUUCCUAUAAUGCAACUGUAUGUUUCCAUGCCACACAAUCAAUUCACAGACACCGUAGGACUCUGUGGUUCCUACAACAACAAAGCGGAGGAUGAUUUCAUGUCAAGUCAGAAUAUACUGGAGAAGACCUCAGAGGCUUUUGCUGAGUCUUGGGAAAUGAUGCCGUGCCCUAAAGGAAACCCAGCUUCAUGUGUCAGCAUAGAAACAGAAAAAUUUGCUGAUAAGCAUUGUGCAAUUCUUCUUGAUCCAGCUGGGCCCUUUGCUUCAUGCCAUCCUAUUGUGAAUCCUAAACCCUAUCUUGAGGAAUGCAAAAAAUAUACUUGCAGUUGUGAAAAUAGUGAAGAUUGUCUGUGUGCAAUGUUAGGCAACUAUGUGAAAGCAUGCGCUGAGAAGGAAACAGCCAUAGUGGGAUGGAGGACUGGACAAUGUGAACACUCUUGUCCAAGUGGCCUAGUUUUCAAGUACAAUGUCAAAGCCUGCAACAGUUCUUGCCGAUCAUUGUCAGAGAGAGAUAGGAGCUGUGAUGUCCAAGAUGUUCCAGUUGAUGGCUGUGCCUGCCCUGAUGGAAUGUACCAAAAUAAUGAAGGAAAAUGUGUUCAGAAAUCUCAGUGUGACUGCUAUAUCAAUGAUGAAGUAUUGCAGCCAGGCAAACUCAUCCAUAUUGAUGACAAUAAAUGUGUCUGUCGCAAUGGAAUUCUUCUUUGCCAAACUCCCCUUGAUAUAACCCUACAGAACUGUUCAGGUGGGGCUGAAUAUGUAGACUGUACUGAUCCCAAGGCACAGAGAAGAACUGAUACAACAUGUAGCACUCGGAACAUACCUACUUUUGAUGAGAACUUGCCUUGCAAACGUGGGUGCUAUUGUCCAGUGGGAAUGGUUCGAAAUUCCAAAGGGCAAUGUGUGUUUCCUGAUGACUGCCCAUGCUCUUUUGGUGGACAAGAAUAUGAACAAGGAAGUGUUACUUCAGUUGGAUGUAAUAAAUGUACUUGCAGAAAAGGAUCAUGGAACUGUACACAAAAUGAAUGUCAAAACACUUGCCACGUGUAUGGGGAAGGUCAUGUUAUAACUUUUGAUGGAAAAAGUUAUAGCUUUGAUGGUCUCUGCCAGUAUUCCUUUCUUGAGGACUAUUGUGGCAGUGAAAACGGCACAUUCCGUGUUUUAACUGAAAGUGUCCCUUGCUGUGAAGAUGGGCUUACAUGCUCAAGAAAAAUUGUAGUUGCUUUUAAGAACCAGAAUGUUGUUUUGCAAGAUGGUAAAGUUACAGCAGUCAAAACUGCAGAAAGUAAGGAAUGUGGAAUCAGUGAAAACACAUAUUCCAUUCAUACCGUUGGUUUGUACUUGAUUCUGAAAUUUGUAUCUGGAAUAACUCUGAUUUGGGACAAAAAUACAAGAAUCUCUGCUAUAUUGGAUCCACGCUGGAAUGGCAAAGUCUGUGGUCUUUGUGGAAAUAACAAUGGGGAUCUUAAGGAUGAUUUCACAACUAGAUAUUCAUCAUUAGCUGCUGGACCACUGGAAUUUGGAAAUAGUUGGAAAACAAGUCAAGAAUGUUCAGACACAGUAGCUCAAACUUUCCCAUGUGAUUCAAAUCCAUACUGCAAAGCCUGGGCUGUACAGAAAUGUGAGAUAAUCCGGGACGUCACCUUCAGAGACUGCCACAACAAGGUUGAUCCCAUUGCUUACUAUGAUGCUUGUAUUGAAGAAGCCUGUGCAUGUGACAUGGAAGGAAAGUAUCUUGGAUAUUGCACUGCUGUCGCUAUGUAUGCAGAGGCAUGCAGCGCAGUUGGUGUCUGUAUCCCAUGGAGAAAGCCAAAUCUCUGCCCUGUGUACUGUGAUUACUACAAUGCACCUGGGGAAUGCAACUGGCAUUAUGAGCCCUGUGGGACAGUCACUGCAAAAACAUGCAAAGAUCGGGUCAUUGGACAGAAAUUUUCUGCACUUUUAGAAGUUUCUACUACAAGAGCUACCUCAGUAUUAAGCACAGAGACAGGCAAAACUCGGACACCGCAUGAAUCCGAAAGUAGCAGCACCUCUGGGAAAACUGAGACUGGAACUACAAAUUCUUCACAAUCAGGGACCUCAGGAGUCUCUGCUGGUCCUACCACAACCAGCCCUGGGAGUGAGGGCAUAAAUGGACCAUCACUUACACUGACCACAGCCACAAGAAGCCAAGCAGAAACAAAUGGGCCAUCAGCUGGUACUCGUUUACCAUCAGCUGGUACACAGGCACCAUCAGAGGGUACACAGGGACCAUCACCUGUUACACCUGGAUCAUCAGCUAGUUCACCAGGACACUCAGCUGGUACACGUUUACCAACAGCUGGUACACAGGGACCUUCCGAGAGCACACAGGGACCAUCACCUAGUACACCUGGAUCAUCAGCUAGUACACGUGGACAUUCAGCUGGUACACAGGGACCAUCAGAGAGCACACAAGGACCAUCAGAUAGUCCAACUGGACCAUCCGCUGUUACACAGGAACCAUCAGAGAGUACACGUGGACCAUCAGCUAAUACACUUAUAACAUCAGAGGGUACACAGGGAUCAUCAGAGCUUACACAGGGACCAUCACCUGUUACACCUGGUUCAUCAGCUAGUACAUUGGGAUCGUCAGCUGGUACACAGGGACCAUCAGUUGGUACAAAGGGACCAUCAGAGGGUACACAGGGACCAUCAGCAGGUACAAAGGGACCAUCAGCUGGUACAAAGGGACCAUCAGCUAGUACAAUGGGACCAUCAGAGGGUACACAGGGAAAAUCAGCUGGUACACGGGGACCAUCAGCUAGUACAAAGGGACCAUCAGCUGGAACAGAGGGACCAUCAGGACCAUCAGCUGGCACACAGGGACCAUCAGUUGGUACAAAGGGACCAUCAGCUGGUACAAAGGGACCAUCAGCUGGUACACAGGGACCAUCAGCUAGUACAAUGGGACCAUCAGAGGGUACACAGGGACCAUCAGCUGGUACACGUGGACUAUCAGCUAGUACAAAGGGCCCAUCGGAGGGUACACAGGGCCCAUCAGCUGGUACAAAUGGACCAUCAGCUAGUACAAAGGGACCUUCAGAGCGUACAAAGGAACCUUCAGAGGGUACAAAGGGACCAUCAGCUGGCACACAGGGACCAUCAGCUGGCACACAGGGACCAUCAGUUGGUACAAAGGGACCAUCAGCUGGUACACAGGGACCAUCAGCUCGUACAAUGGGACCAUUAGAGGGUACACAGGGACCAUCAGCUGGUACAAGUGGACCAUCAGCUAGUACAAAGGGACCAUCAGCUGGCACACAGGGACCAUCAGAGGGUACACUUGGACCAUCAGCUGGUACAAAGGGACCAUCACCUGGCACACAGGGACCAUCAGCUGGAACAAAGUGGCCAUCAGCAGGCACACAGGGACCAUCAGUUGCUACACAGGACCCAUCAGAGGGUACACAGGGCCCAUCAGAGGGUACACAGGGCCCAUCAGAGGGUACAAAUGGACCAUCAGCUAGUACAAAGGGACCUUCAGAGGAUACAAAGGGACCAUCAGCUGGCACACAGGGACCAUCAGAGGGUACACAGGGACCAUCAGUUAGUACAAAGGGACCAUCAGCUAGUACAAAGGAACCAUCAGCUGGUACACAGGGACCAUCAGCUAGUACAAUGGGACCAUCAGAGGGUACACAGGGACCAUCAGCUAGUACAAUGGGACCAUCAGAGGGUACACAGGGACCAUCAGCUGGUACAAAGGGACCAUCAGCUGGAACAGAGGGACCAUCAGUUGGUACACAAGGACCAUCAGAGGUUACACAGGGACCAUCAGCUGGUACAAAUGGACCAUCAGAGGGUACACAGGGACCAUCAGCUAGUACAAUGGGACCAUCAGAGGGUACAAAGGGACCAUCAGCUAGCACACAGGGACCAUCAGAACCAUCAGCUGGCACACAGGGACCAUCAGAGGGUACACAGAGACCAUCAGUUGGUACACGUGGACCAUCAGCAAGUACGAAAGGACCAUCAGAGGGUACACAGGGACCAUCAGCUGGCACACACGGACCAUCAAUUGGUACAGAGAGACCUUCAGAGGGUACACAGGAACUAUCAGCUAGUACACGUGGACCAUCAGCUAGUACAAAGGAACCAUCAGACGGUACAAAGGGGCCAUCGGUUGGUACAAAGGAACCAUCAGAGGGCACACAGAGACCUUCAGAUGGUACACAGGGCCCACCAGCUGGUACAACGGGACCAUCAGCUAGUACAAAGGGACCAUCAGACAGUACACAGGGACCAUCAGCUGGCACACAAGGACCAUCAGCUAGUACACAGGGACCAUCAGCUAGUACAAUGGGACCAUCAGAGGGUACAAACGAACCAUCAGCUGGCACACAGGGACCAUCUGUUAGUACACAGAGACCAUCAGAGAGUACACGUGGACCAUCAGCUGGUACAAAGGGACCAUCAGCUGCCACACAGGGACCAUCAGCUAGUACAAUGGGACCAUCAGAGGGUACAAAUGAACCAUCAGCUGGCACACAGGGACCAUCUGUUGGUACACAGAGACCAUCAGAGAGUACACGUGGACCAUCAGCUACCACAAAGGGACCAUCAGCUGCCACACAGGGACCAUCAGAGGGUACACAGGGACCAUCAGAGGGUGCACAGGAACCAUCAACUGGUACACGUGGACCAUCAGCCAGUACAAAAGGACCAUCAGAAGGUACAAAGGGACAAUCAGCUGGUACACAGGGACCAUCAGCUGGCACACAGGGACCAUCAGCUGGCACACAGGGACCAUCAGCAGGCACACAGGGAACAUCAGUUGGUACACAGGGACCAUCAGAGGGUACACUUGGACCAUCAGCUAGUACAAAGGGACCAUCACCUGGCACACAGGGACCAUCAGUUGGUACAAAUGGACCAUCAGCUAGUACAACGGGACCUUCAGAGGGUACAAAGGGACCAUCAGCUGGAACACAGGGACCAUCAGCUGGUACAAAGGGACCAUCAGAGGGUACACAGGGACCAUCAGCUGGUACACGUGGACCAUCAGCUGGUACAAAGGGGCCAUCAGCUGGAACACAGGGACCAUCAGCUGGUACAAAGGGACAAUCAGCUAGUACAAAGGGACCAUCAGCUAGUACAAUGGGACCAUCAGAGGGUACACAGGGACCAUCAGCUGGUACACGUGGACCAUCAGCUAGUACAAAGGGACCAUCAGAGGGUACAAAGAGACCUUCAGCUGGCACACAGGGACCAUCAGCUGGCACACAGGGACCAUCAGUUGGUACACAGGGACCAUCAGAGAGUACACUUGGACCAUCAGCUGGUACAAAGGGACCAUCAGCUGGUACACAGGGACCAUCAGUUGGUACUCAGGGACCAUCAGCUGGAACAGAGUGGCCAUCAGUUGGUACACUUGUACCAUCAGCUGGUACAAAGGGACCAUCAGCUGGCACACAGGGACCAUCGGUUGGUACACAGGGGCCAUCAGCUGGAACAGAGUGGCCAUCAGUUGGUACACAAGGACCGUCAGCUGGUACAAAUGGACCAUCAGCUAGUACAAAGGGACCAUCAGCUGGCACACAGGGACCAUCAGGUGGUACACAGGGACCAUCAACUGGUACACAUGGACCAUCAGCUAGUACUAACGGACCAUCAGAGGGUACAAAGGGACCAUCAGCUGGUACACCGGGACCAUCAGUUGGCACACAGAGACCAUCAGCUGGUACACGUGGACCAUCAGCUAGUACAAAGGGACCAUCAGAGGGUACAAAGGAACCAUCAGCUGGCACACAGGGACCAUCAGCUGGUACAAAGGGACCAUCAGCUAGUACAAUGGGACCAUCAGCUGGUACAAAGGGACCAUUAGCUAGUACAAUGGGACCAUCAGCUGGUACACGUGGUGGACCAUCAGCUAGUACAAAGGGACCAUCAGCAGGUACACAGGGACCAUCAGCUAGUACAAUGGGACCAUCAGAUGGUACACAGGGACCAUCAGCUGGUACACGUGGACCAUCAGCUAGUACAAAGGGACAUUCAGAGGGUACAAAGGGACCAUCAGCUGGCACACAGGGACCAUCAGAGGGUACACAUGGACCAUCAGCUGAUACUAAGGGACCUUCAGAGGGUACAAAGGGACCAUCAGCUGGCACACAGGGACCAUCAGAGGGUACACGUGGACCAUCAGCUGAUACAGAGGGACCAUCAGCUGGAACAGAGGGACCAUCAGUUGGUACACAGGGACCAUCAGAAGGUACACAGGGACCAUCAGUUGGUACACAGGGACCAUCAGCUGGUACACAGGGACCAUCAGCUAGUACACAUGGUUUAUCUUAUGGUACACGUGGACCAUCAGCUGGUACAAAGGGACCAUCAGAGGAUACACAGGAACCUUCAAGGCGCACAGAGGGACCAUCACUUGUUACACCUGGAUCAUCAGCUGGUACACAGGGACCAUCACAGGGUACACAGGGACCAUCACCUGGUAUACCUAGAUCAUCAGCUAGUACGCCUGGAUCAUCGGCUCAUACAUCAGGACCAUCAGCUGGCACACCAAGACCAUCAGCUAGUACACGUGUACCCUCAGCUAGUACACCACAACCAUCAGGUGGUACACAGGGACCAUCAGGAGGUACAUCUGGAUCAUCAGAGGGUAUACUGGGACCAUCCGCUGGUACACCUAAAGGGCCAAAUGGAAUAACUGGAGCACCAAGCAGCGAAGUGACACCAUCUGAAGGCAAGUCAGGUACAGGAGCAACUGAUGUAGCCACCACUGAAGCUACUGGUGAAAAUACAUCUGGAGUAUCAGGGGUUACUGGAUCAUCAGGUGGUGAAACAACUCCAGACAGGGAAGUGACACCAUCUGAAGGGACAUCAGGAAUAACUGGAGGGCGAAAUGGAGUUACCACUGGGGCAACUGGUGAAGAUACCUCUGGAGUACCAGCCACACGUGGGGAAUCACCUGGAACAAGCUCUGGAGCUGGAGAUGGCCGCAGCACUGGGGAAGCAGACCCUGGAACCACGAGCCCUGGGAAGUCAGGAACCCCUGAUGCUUCUUCUGGUUCCACCACCAUCCCUGAGAGUAAGAACACACAAGGAAUUGCAGCUACCACAGCCACAACCUCUGGCAGUCAAACAGGCACGGUUGGCACAUCAGCUGGGAUAACAAGUGCAGGUGAAAGCUCUCCUGGACUAUCUAGGACCACAGUCUCUCGAAAUGAAGCAGGAACAACUGGAGAGGAAAUUGGAGCUACCACUGGGGCAGCUGGUAUAAGCAGUUCUGGAGCAUCAGGGACAAUGGGACCAGCAGCUGGGACUCCUGGAGCGUCAUCUGGUACUCCCAGGCCAUCAGCUGGUACACCUAAAGGACCAAGUGGAACAACUGGAUCACAAAGCAGUGAAGUGACAGCAUCAGGCACACCUGGGGUACCACCUGGAACAACCUCUGGAGUCGGAAGGAGCAGCAGCCCUGGAGAAGCAGGCUCUGGAACCCCAGGGUCUGACACAACUGGCAGGUCACGAAGAAGCACUAUGGAAGUUGGCAGGGGAAGCACAACUGGUCUAUUAGACGCCGAUGUCGCCACUACUGGAGAGAGUGCAGGUGCCACUGGAGGGUCAGCUAUCACAGGAGCAGGCAGGGAAAGCACUGGAAUAGCAGGUUCUAGGACCACCACUGCUGGGGACCAAGCAGGCACAGCUGAAGAACCAUAUGGAGGAACCACUAAAUCAGGUGAAGGUACAACUAUAGCACCAGGUGCUGGGUUAACCACAUUUGCAAAAUCUGGUACACCUGGGGUAUCUGUUGGAACUUCGAGAGAAACUAAUGAAGAAAGUCCAGCUGUCACAUCAGAUUCAGGUCCCACAGGAGGUAUCCCUGGCUCCACAACUGUUCGAGGAGGUGCUACUACCAAUCCAGAUAAUGAAAUUCCACCGGAACUUGUUGAAGGAACAACACAAGUAGCCUCAGGCUCAACAAUGGUACCUGAAAUUGCAAACACUGGAGACAUAACGAAAGCACAAGGGAGUGAAGUCAUUGUCAGUACAACAGGGACCAAUAAGGAAGCCUUUGGUUCAAGUGUUGCACCUGGAGGUUCUAACACAGGAGCCACAACUUCCACAAGAGGCAAUGAACCUACUAAAGUGGAAACACAAACAAACAACCCAGGGAUGUCCUCUGGCACAACUAUUGCUGGAAAUUCCAAAACAGAAGCCACAACUACCCUAGGAGGGCAUGAAACAACAAAAGGCAAAAUGGCCACAGGUACUACUGGCAUGCCCUCUCGCCAAACUCUGGAACCUGGAAAAUACAAUACAGGUACCACUCGUAGUGUCUCUGGCAAAACCCUCAAACCUGGAAGCUCUGACACAAAGGCCACAACUGCCACAGGGGACAGCAGGACCCCUGGAACAAAACUGCCAGGAGGUACCACGAUCCUUUCUCCUGAAGUCAGUGGCAGUUCAGAAAUUUCUAACCCAGGUAUCACUGGAGCAGUCUCAGAGACAUCCAUUAAAACAGGAAUUACCAAUACAGAGCGUACAACUUCAACAGGAGGAAGCAGGACUACUGGGGCAGAACUUCCAGGAGAUACUUCUGGUGAAUUCUCUGGAACAACCAUUACAUCUGGAAAUUCCAAUACAGGAGCUACAACUUUCACAGAAGGGAGAGGAGGAAGUACUGGGACUGAACCCAAAAGAGAGGCUACAACUUUCCCAGAGGAACGUGAAACAAGAGAUAAAAUAGUCACAGGCACUACUGAUGUAGUCUCUGGAAAGACGCUGGAACCUGGAAGGCACAGCACAAGUGAGUCUAAACUUACAUUGAAAAUCCUAGACAUUGGCAUCUUGGAAGAUAUAUUUGGACAGUAG